AUGACCACUUUGUCUUUUGUGGAACUUAUCACAGAGCAUCGAUUACUCUUGCUUACUACAUUCAUCUUUAUUUGGAUAAGUUUCAAACUCUCACAGUUAUUAUUGGUCUAUUUGAAAUACACUGUUGGAAAAUGGUGCUUUUCUAAACGGAAAACACUUCGUAAAGCUGGUGAAUGGGCAGUUGUUACUGGUGCAUCAUCAGGUAUUGGUGAAGCAUAUGCAGAAGAAUUGGCCAAAGAGGGUCUCAAUAUCAUGCUUAUCAGUAAUGAUGAAGAACAACUGUCCUGCGUUGCCAAUCGAAUCGCAACUACAUACAAUGUUCAGACACGAAUUGUGGUUGCAGAUUUUACUAAAAAUGAUGUUUAUGAAAUAAUCAAACCUGCUAUUGAACAAUUAUCUACAAUCGCUUGUUUAGUGAAUAAUGUUGGUAUGGGAUUACCCAUUGAGUUGUUUGCUGGAGAAGUGAAUUCACCAAAUGAAGAAUCAAUUCAAAACAUCAUUCAUUGUAAUUUUUUGUCUACAGUAACAAUGACAAGUAUCAUUCUGCCGAAAAUGUUAACACAGAAAGAACCUUAUCCUGGGAUUAUCAAUGUUGGAUCUUAUACAGGUUUCAAAGUAUUUCCUUAUGUUUCAUUGUACGCUUCAACCAAAGCAGCUAUUAUUCAUUUUUCUAGAUGUUUAGCUGCAGAAAUGUAUCAAAAGAAUUUCAUUAUACAAAUUAUGAAUCCAUUAUUUGUAUCAACAAAUUUAACCCAUCAAAUGAAACCUACAUUUUUUAUACCAACUGCUAAAAUCUAUGCUAAAAGUUCAUUAGAUAUGUAUGGUGUUACACAACAAAUUACUGGUUAUUUCCCGCAUGAAUUAAAAGCAUUUGUUUAUAAUUUAUUUCCAAUAUCAUUAUGGUUAAAACUAAUCGAACAUACAUUCUGUCCAUAUCGUGAACAAUCUAAAAAAGCCGACUAA